AUGGAAGGCGACCAGAUUUUGGUUCAGUCAGAGCAGAACCUUAUACCAGGUGCGCAAACUCUUGUCAUUGGUCAAGAGUUUGCAGAUGUUGACACAUGUCGGAGGGCUAUCAAGGACAUGGCCAUUGCUUUGCACUAUGAGCUCCGUGUGGUGAAAUCUGAUCGUAGCCGUUUCAUCGCGAAGUGCUCAAAAGAAGGUUGCCCUUGGCGUGUGCACAUCGCCAAGUGUCCCGGUGUUCCAACUUUCACUGUCCGGACUUUGCACGGAGAGCACAAAUGUGAGGGUGUUCUGAACCUGCAUCAUCAGCAGGCUACUGUUGGUUGGGUUGCUAGGUCUGUCGAGGCAAGGCUCAGGGAUAACCCACAGAUUAAGCCAAAGGAGAUACUGCAGGAUAUUCGAGAACAGCAUGGGAUCGCUGUUUCUUAUAUGCAGGCAUGGCGUGGAAAGGAGAGAAGCAUGACUGCAGUUAAUGGUACCCUUGAGGAUGGAUACCGCCUUCUUCCUGCAUAUUGUGAGCAGAUUGUUAAGACGAAUCCUGGUAGCGUUGCAACAUAUAGAGGUAUUGGACCAGGCAAUGCCUUCCAGCGGCUGUUUGUCUCGUUUCGUGCAUCCAUUUAUGGUUUCUUAAAUGGGUGCAGGCCCCUUCUAGAAAUUGACAAGGCUGACUUGAAGGGAAAGUAUCUUGGGACAUUGCUAUGUGCGUCAGCUAUUGAUGCUGAUCACAUGAUGUUCCCUCUAGCAUUUGGUAUUGUUGAUUCUGAGAGCGAUGAUAACUGGAACUGGUUUAUAUCGGAAUUGAGGAAGAUGCUUGGAGUUAACACAGAUAAGAUGCCGGUCUUGACUAUACUUUCUGAGAGAAAAAGGCAAGUGGUUGAAGCGGUUGGAUCUAAUUUCCCCUCUGCUUUUCAUGGAUUUUGCUUGAGAUACGUGAGUGAGAAUUUCCGUGAUGAGUUCAAGAAUACUAAACUGCUUAACCUUUUCUGGAGUGCUGUUUAUGCUCUCACGGCAUCAGAAUUUGAUGCAAAGGUAAAUGAAAUGAUGCAAGUUCAAGAUGUUAUGCCAUGGUUACAGCGUUUUCCGCCAAACCUGUGGGCAGUUUCUUACUUUCAGGGUAUCAGAUAUGGCCAUUUUAGUCUUGGGAUAACUGAGAUAUUAUUAUAUAACUUGUCCCUUGACUGUCAUGAACUUCCCAUUGUGCAAACCAUCGAGCACAUCAGGCAUCAACUGACUUGCUGGUUUGCUGAACGUCAGAACUUGGCACAGUCAUACAAUUCGGUUCUUGUUCCGUCAGCUGAGAAACUUAUUUCAGAAGCUAUCCAUGACUCACAAUGCUAUCAAGUCCUUCGAGCAAACAAGGUGGAGUUUGAGAUUGUGUCAUCGGAGCGGACAAACAUUGUCGACACUCAAGCUAGGUCCUGCUCAUGCCGCCGAUGGCAAAUUUACGGCAUUCCAUGUGCACAUGCUGCUGCUGCACUGCUUUCAUGUGGUGAAGACCCCUGUCUCUAUGCUCAUGACUGCUUCAGCGUAAUGAAGUACCGAGAAACCUAUUCCCAGCCAAUAUAUCCAAUUCCGGACAGGAGCCACUGGAACAAAUCGUCUCCCGGGUUACAAGGUGUAGUCAGCAAGGCCGAUGUGAUCCUUAGCCCACCCAAUAUCCGGAGGCCUCCUGGUCGACCCAAGAUGAAGAUUCUAAAGAUUGAGAGCAUGAAGCGUCCGAAACGGAUCGUUCAGUGUGGUCGAUGUCAUCUUCUAGGGCAUUCUCAAAAGAAGUGCUCUUUGCGAAUCUGA